GUAUAAUAAUAAUAGUACAGUGAAACCUCACCUAACGGACACCCCUCUAGAACGGACACCCCUUCUUACGGACAGUUUUCAAAUGUCCCGUCGAGGAAGUAUAGGUAAUCAAUGUAUUUAGACCCCCUUUACAACGGACACCCCUGUAACGGACGCGGACAGCCUACUUUUUGUCCCCGAGAGAUACAAUUAAGAGAUAUAAUUAAUUUAAAUUUAUUAACAGUACAUACGAAAUACGAAGUUACUUACGUAGUAUGUAAAAUAUUUUUUAAGUAUGUACAUAUAUGUACUUAAUUUUUUUAUUCUACGAAUUUCCUGUCUGAACAGGGAUUAAUUUCUAAGGAAUCCAUGAUCAUUAUGAAAAUUCGCAUUUCAAUAGAAAUUUCCACGAAGUGUUUACAUUUUUUCACUUGGUCCUCGGCGGUUUUCUUAGAAACCCCCUCUAGUAGAAAUCAAAAUGUUUCUAGGCCAUUUCAUAGCACAACAUUUCCAAACCCCAUAUGCCUCAGUCGGUUUUUUUCUCCUCUCAACAAUGUCGCCGCGUAAAUUCCUUACGGUAAAAGAAAAAGUUCAAAUGAUCGAGUUUAAUAAAAAAAAUAAAUUAUCAGUGCGUAAACUUGCAAAUCAGUUCAAAGUUAGCAAGACUCAAAUCGCCGAUAUUUUAAAGCACGAGGCGGAAAUAGUGAAAUCAUAUCGCGAAAACGACAUUGGAGAAACGACGAGCCGAGUGUUUCAUGGAGUCACUGGCGGUGCAGUCAUAGACAAAGCCGUUCUUGAGUGGUUUCAGCGAGUUAGAGCUCAAAAAAUCCCAAUAUCUGGCCCAAUAAUCCAAGCUAAAGCUCUUGAAGUUGCCCAGGAAUUAGGAGACACGGGAUUUAAAGCUUCAAACGGAUGGUUACAGCGCUUUAGAACCAGGCACGCAAUUAAAUUUAAAGCAAUUUGCGGAGAAUCCGGAUCAGUAAACGAAUAUACAGUGGAAGAAUGGACCUCGAAGAUCGAAAGUAUAAUUGAAGGAUACGCCCCAAAAGAUGUAUUCAAUGCAGAUGAGACGGGAUUGUUCUAUCGUGCUCUUCCAGACAAAACAUUGUGCUUUAAAGGAGAAAAUUGUGCAGGGGGUAAAGUGGCUAAGGAACGAUUGACCGUACUACUUUGUGCUAGUAUGACCGGUGAAAAGAUAAAACCUCUCGUAAUCGGUAAAGCUGCUAAGCCACGGUGUUUUAAAGGAGUAAAUAUGGAAACUGUCGGUGUCUCAUGGAAGUUUAACUCAAAAGCAUGGAUGACAACGGAUAUUAUGAGGGAAUGGUUAGAACAACUGGACAACAAAAUGAGGGCACAAAAAAGAAAAAUUUUAUUGUUUCUUGACAAUGCGACCUCCCACCCUCACCUGGAUUUGAAAAACAUAAAACUGGCUUUCUUUCCACCGAACAUCACUUCAACAUCGCAGCCAUUAGAUCAAGGAGUUAUCCAAAAUUUUAAAGUAAAAUACCGCCAGUUAAUUUUGCGUCGCUUGAUAUGCAGUUUAGAUCAAUAUUCAUCUGCACAAGAGGUUGUAAAAAGUAUCAACGUGUUAAUGGCGGUUAUGUGGGUUAAGAGUGCCUGGGAUGCGGUAAUAGCAUCAACAAUAAACAACUGUUUUAAAAAAGCCGGUUUCUUAAAUGAUGGACUCGACAACUCUUCCGUAGAAAGAUUAAUAGGUGAUGAGAUAACAAGCCUAGGAGAACUCAUAGAAUUGUCUAACAUGACUAUGGAUGCUAGAGAAUUUGUUCAGAAUGAUUCAAAUUUGAUGACGGAAAACAAUAGUAUGGACAUAAAAGAUAUUUUGGAAUCGGUUCAAGAAAGUGAUCACAUUGAAGAAGAAAUUGAAGAAGAUUUAGAAGAGGAGGACAAUCUUGAUACCACUAUAAAAAAUUAUCCCGACGGUCUCGAAACUCUAAAAAAGUUAAGAGAUUUUUAUCAGAGAAAACAUGAUAUGGAAGGGUACAAUUUAAUCCACGAGGUGAUGGUUUAUCACGAAAAAGAAAUAGUGAAUUCAAAGAAAAAGAAACAAUCAGAAAUUACUAAUUUUUUCAAAAAAGUAUAAAUUACACACGUGUACCUACUUACUCCAUGAAUAGUACAGUACGUUGUUUAUUCUCAUUUUUUCAAUUUUUUCAAAAUUUGAUUUUCUUACGCCGUGUUUGUAUGUUAUUCAUUUCCGGAUUUUUAAUAUGUACAUACAUACAUACAUAUGUACAUAUUGUACAUACAUACAUACUAUUGUGUUUUCUAUUAUGUACUUAAUAAUGUACUUAUUAAUUCCCAAAAAUAUUUUAAUAAACUAAUUUUGAUACAUGCACAUAUUCAUUUUAAUAAAUAUAUGUAUGUACAUACCAACAUUACAUUUUUACCCCUCCUCAGCGGACACCCCUCUGCAACGGACAAAUCCGUUGGUCCCAUGACUGUCCGUUGUAGAGAGGUUUCACUGUACUAAUGGAAAACGGGCAGACGGAAGCAUUUAAAGGAAAGACACUUGAGCAAAUAAAUGUAAAUCUUGAAGAAGAAAUUAUUGAAGGUGAAAGCGGUGACGAAAAUGAAAUGACAGAUUUUACAAAUAGCUUUGAGGAGCGAGAAAAUUUACUUCAAGAGAAUGAACAAAGGAAAACACUCCCCGAGAAAACCGCAGAGAUGAAGACGAAGAAGACUAGAGUUUUAAUUCCGUGGACAACGGAACAAAAAAAUAUAGUUAAAAAGUUUUUCAAGGAUCAUAUAAAACAUAAAAAAGCUCCAAAAAAAAUGUAGUGUCAAAAGUUAAUUACACUUCAUCCCAUUUUGUCCAACAAAAAUUGGCUAAAAAUAAAAGUGUUUGUACAAAAUCAGUAUACUAAAAAAUAGUUCGUAACAUGAAUGUUGUAUGUU